AUGUUUCAAAAAUUAAAAAGUUUUGAUGCAUAUCCAAAGACAGUGGAUGAUUUUCGUGUAAAAACAUAUGCUGGUGCUAUCGUAUCUAUAGUCUCUAGUAUUUUCAUUAUAUGGCUAUUCCUAUCACAGAUUUCAAUCUAUAUGACAACAGAGACUCACCACGAACUUUUCGUCGAUACCAAUCGUGCUGAGAAAUUGAAAAUCAACAUCGAUGUUGUAUUCCAUCAUUUACCAUGUGCAUAUUUAAGUUUGGAUGCUAUGGAUGUUUCUGGAGAACAUCAAUUCGAUGUUGCACACAAUAUUUUCAAGAGACGUUUGUCACCGACCGGAGAAUUCAUUCCAGAUGCACCAAAGCGUGAGGACAAUGUCAAUAUCAAGCCAAAGGUGAACGAGAACGAUCGUCCCGAAUGUGGUAGUUGUAUGGGUGCAGAGAACCCAUCGAAGGGAAUCAACUGUUGUAACACUUGCGAAGAGGUACGUGUUGCCUACCAAAAGAUGGGUUGGGGAUUCGAUCCAUCGGACACACCACAGUGUGUACGUGAAGGUUUCACAAAGAAUGUUGUCGAGCAAAACGGUGAGGGUUGUCAAGUAUACGGAUUCCUCCUCGUCAACAAGGUCGCUGGAAACUUCCAUUUCGCACCGGGCAAAUCGUUCCAACAACAUCACAUGCACGUCCACGACUUGCAAUCAUUCAAGGGUCAAUUCAAUCUCUCUCACACAAUCAGUCGUCUUUCAUUUGGAAAUGAUUUCCCAGGUAUUAAAAAUCCAUUAGACGGUGUAUCUAAAACUGAAGCUAAUCAAUAUCAAUAUCACAAUUUAGUUGUUGGUUCUGGUAUGUUCCAAUAUUAUGUAAAGAUUGUACCGACUAUCUACGAAGGAUUGAAUGGUAAUUUGAUCAAUACCAAUCAAUACUCGGUCACCGAACACUACAGAUUGUUGGCAAAGAAGGGUGAGGAGAUGACAGGACUUCCAGGUCUUUUCUUUAUGUACGAUCUAUCGCCCAUCAUGAUGAAGGUAGUCGAGCGAAGUAAAUCAUUUGCAUCAUUCAUCACCAGUGUUUGUGCUAUUGUAGGUGGUGUAUUCACAGUCGCCGGUAUUUUCGAUUCAUUCAUCUAUCAAACAACAAAAUCACUCAAGAGAAAGAUUGAUCUUGGAAAAGCUUCAUAA